ACCUACUCUAUGAGUAAGUUAAGCGGGAGAAGUCAACAAAAUAAUAUUCCAACAAUUUUAAGUUUUGCAACAAUAUUUGCGUUAACUUCUUUGAGGAGAGUGUCGCAAUGUGGUUAAGAUGAUGGUGGAUUCAAAACGUGGAUCUCUAAAGUAUUUUGGAAAACGAGGAUGGCGAAAGAAUGCCAAUUAUUACACUCACGAAGAAGAUAUUUUAAUUAUAAAUGAGGUGUUAUUUAGAAGUGAGAAAUACCCUAUAGGUGGUAACAACAUUUGGAUUUCUAUUGAAGAAGCAGGAGUUAUACCGGAUCGAACAUGGCAGUCUCUAAAGGAGAGAUUUCGUAAAACUAUCGUUCCAAGGUUACAUAAAUACAAAAUCUCCGACAGUGACAAAAAAAUCCUAAAAGCUGGAUUAAUGAAAGUGCAUAUCAAUUCUCGAAGGAAAAAGGUGUACAGUUUAAAACUUGGAAGGAAAACUGAGACGCAGAGAUUGAGGAAACCACGUGGCGAGAAGAGUUCGUCUUCCCAUUCCUCUGUUGAGAUCGAAGAUGACUCAGACUGGGACGAAAUGAACCACACGAGUAAAGCAAAUAACCCAAAGCACAAGAAACGGAAGCUGUUCUCAGAAGAAUCAAUUCUGAAUCCGACGACUCCAAUAGCAGCGUGUGCUACGCAUAAAGGUGUUCGAAUGCGUGAUUGCAAGGUUAAACUAGAGAGACUUUUUGCCGGGGAGGAUGUUUCCGCAUCGUCAAGCUUUGCAGUGCACUCGAGGCUUCGUCCCCAGCGCGUGAGUGAUGUUGGGGAUCUGUUUAAUGUUUCAGAGAGUUUGGGUUCUUGUGAUAGUGUUGGAGGUAAAAACAUAACUGGCUGCAAUAGCCAGCUUGUGACCGCUGGAACACUUGAGGACGAGGUAAUGACGGACCUUUGCAGUGGUGUUGUUGAAGCGGUGGCAUCUAGAGAAAAGGAAGCAUGUAAUGCUGGUGUUUCUCUUGAAAGUCAGAGUGGUAAAACUUUAAGGUUACCUGAACAGAUUGUGAGUAAGAAAAACGAAAUAACCACUAGUGGAUCUAGGGCAGUUAGUUCAACCGAGUCGUCGGUCUCGGUGGAGCAGGUGUUGUGUCAGAACAAUGCUUCAGCAUCUGCAGGACAUUCGAAGCAGGCAUCAGGCAGUAGUGCGGUUGAACUGAGGCUUUUGAAGGACUCUGCCAGAGGAGAUCCGUCAACCUUCGAGGAUAGCAGUAGCAGCAUCAUAUCCUUUGGUUCUGUGGAGAAGCGCCUGUGUGAAGAAGUAGAAAGUGAGGAAGAUGUGAGUAGCGACUGUGAAACGAGCAGAGUAUCAAAUACUACAGACACAAUGCGUGAGGAAAAUGAAAUUUCUAGCCUUACAGAUGAAGAUAGUUUAUCCGAGGAGAGCUGUUUUGAGGUUCUUUCACAGAGCCAAGCCAGUGCUACCCCGACAGCAUAUGUCGUGUCGAGAGAAGAGGAUCCGGUGAAAAAUGAUCAGGCCGAUUACAACAGUAACGAUACCUAUGAAGAAAAAUGUUGUCUGCAGUGAAGAAUGACAAGUGGCUAGUAUUUUCUCCUACUGGUUCAGACCUUAGAUGCGAUGGAACGUUUCAUACCGUGUAAUAUUUUUUCAAUGAAAAUAUAUUGGUUGUUGCCCUUUUUUUUACACUAAAUGAUUCUGAAAGAAUACGGAUUAUAACUGGUACAGUAAAAACUCUAAUCGUUUUUGGACCACAGCCGUGUCGGAUUAGCAAUUCUGGUGUAUUAUGGAACAUCAGAUCCUGAAGUAGUUACUGAAUAAACUUAGAAGUUUGUUUGUGGUUGAAGCAUAGUAUAUUAACAGUUGGUUUGUUAUUGAUAUUUAGAGGUCACAAUUGCCUUUGCAACAGGAGUUGAAAAAUAUCUUGAAGGCAACAUGUUUUUGUCCGUCAUGUGAAAGCAAGAACAUGAAUUGCUGUGAUUGUGGUAGUGGCGUUAUCUUUUUCAACUCAAUUUUUAUGCAAUAAAAUAUUUCCCUUUUAUAAUUAAAAAAAAAUAGUAACUUGUAACUUUAUUUCAUUAUUUGUUUUAUUAAUAUUUAUCAUCUGGUGGCUUUUUGAUUUGAGUGAUAUAUUUUCAUCAAAUAAUUUUGUUACAUAUUAUAUGUGUACAGAGUGACUACCGCUCCUGAAAAAGUAAGUGAAUGGAAGUACUGGUUACAGAAGUCAUAAAAAAGUCGAUGUAUCUGUGAAAACGAUUUAGAUUUCUACAUAAAAAUUGGCAUGUCCUGUGAAUAGUAAAUCUACUUUGUAUUUAUGUUUAGUAAAUUUAUUAAAAGGUUUUGAAAGAGUGCUGCAAUUGGUUCACCAUGUAUUUAUCGACAUGUUUUUAUAUUAUAAAUAUUUUAAUUUUCUACAUUUUAUAAACUAAGAAGGACAUGUGUGUUCUUAUGUAUAUCUCAUGUGUACUCAUUAUGUUAAUGUUACAUGCUCAGGAUAGAUUUUAUAUUGGUGUUAUUAAAAUAACAUUUUGUAUGGAAAAUUGAAUGGUCAUUGAAUAAAAGUUUUGUAACUGUUUUAAA